GAGCUGGCCGGCAGCGCUGGGCUGACCGAGGAGCGCGAUGCUGGCCUGCCUGAUGACCAGGCCCGGCCCGCCCGCUCUCACCAGGCUCCUGCGGGCCGCGGCCGGGCGCCCGCUCGCCAAACGCGGCACGUCGGCGCGGGAGUCGGCCUGCCGAGAAGACGCGGCCCGCUGGGCCGAGCGCGAGGAGCCGCGCUUCCCCGCGGCCGCCGCUAGGGGCCGCUCUGGACCCGUUGGGUCGGCGGAGGAGCAGCGCGGCGCCGAGCUGCGGAAGAGGCGGCCGGCGGCCUGUAGGGGGCGCCCUCUGGCCGGCGGAGAGCCCUGGGGGGGCUUAUGGGAGCCCGGCGUGGCCCCCACGGGGUCCGUCUGGCUGCCCAGGCUGCCCCGCCCGGAGGAGGCUGGAGAAGAGGAGGCGGCCAAGGUGGGGGCCCCCCCGCAGGAAGAAGCCCCCGGCCGGCCUCGCUUGUGGCCCAACCCGGCGCCCGCAGGCCGCCAGCGCCGGAAGGAGAGCCGGGGUCGCCGGGCCAGGACACCCGCCCUCCCAGCCUCGGCCCUGGCAGCCGCCGGGCUGGCCCUGUGCUACAGCCGGGGACACCUGGGCAAAGACGAGGCCCUCCUGGAAGCCGUGCGACUCAACAGUGUUCCUGAAGUGGAAAGGUUGUUGCAAGAAGGCGUCAGCGUGAAUACCCGACAUAAGCUUGGCUGGACUGCUCUGAUGGUAGCAGCGAUAAACAGAAACUCCAGCGUGGUGAAGGUGCUGCUGGCAGCGGGAGCCGACCCCAACCUGGGAGAUGAGUUCAGCAGCGUCUACCAGACGGCCAAAGAGAAGGGCAUCCAUUCGUUGGAAGUGCUGGUCACCCGGGAGGACGACUUCAACAACCGCUUGAACAACCGGGCCAGUUUCAAGGGCUGCACGGCGUUGCAUUACGGGGUGCUGGCGGACGACUACACCACCGUCAAGUUGCUCCUGGAAGGAGGUGCCAACCCCCUGCAGAGGAAUGAAAUGGGGCACACCCCCUUGGAUUACGCCCGCGAGGGAGAAGUUAUGAAACUCCUGAAAAGUUCAGCCACAAAGUUCCAGGAAGAGAAGCGCCGGAGAGAAAUCGAGGAACGCCGGCGGUUCCCCCUCGAGCAGCGGCUCCGAGAACACAUCAUUGGCCAGGAGAGCGCCAUCGCCACCGUCGGAGCCGCCAUCCGGAGAAAGGAAAACGGGUGGUACGACGAAGAGCACCCGCUGGUCUUCCUCUUCCUGGGAUCUUCGGGAAUAGGUAAAACUGAGCUGGCCAAGCAGACCGCCAAGUACCUGCACAAAGACGUCAAAAAGGGCUUCAUCCGCUUGGACAUGUCGGAAUUUCAGGAGAGACACGAGGUGGCCAAGUUCAUUGGCUCUCCCCCAGGCUACAUUGGCCAUGAUGAAGGGGGCCAGCUCACCAAGAAGCUGAAGCAGUGCCCCAACGCCGUGGUCCUCUUCGAUGAGGUGGACAAGGCCCACCCCGAUGUCCUGACCAUCAUGCUUCAGCUCUUCGACGAAGGCCGGCUGACCGACGGGAAGGGGAAGACCAUUGACUGCAAGGAUGCCAUCUUCAUCAUGACCUCCAACGUGGCCAGCGACGAGAUCGCCCAGCACGCCCUGGAGCUGAGGGAGGACGCCCUGGAGCUGAGCCGGAAGAGGGUCGCUGAGAAGCUGGGCGACGUCCAGGUGACGGACAAGAUCACCAUCUCCAAGCAGUUCAAGGAGAACGUGAUCCGCCCCAUCCUGAAGGCUCACUUCCGGCGGGACGAGUUCCUGGGCAGGAUCAACGAGAUCGUCUACUUCCUCCCCUUCUGCCAGUCGGAGCUGAUCCAGCUGGUCAACAAGGAGCUGAGUUUCUGGGCCAAGCGGGCCAAAGCGAGGCAUAACAUCACUCUGGUCUGGGACAGGGAGGUGAUGGACGUGCUGGCCGACGGCUACAACCUCCACUACGGAGCCCGGUCCAUCAAACACGAGGUCGAGCGCCGGGUGGUGAACCAGCUUGCGGCGGCCUACGAGCAGGACCUCCUGCCCCACGGCUGCACCCUGAGGAUCACGGUGGACGACUCCGAUAAGCAGCUGCUGAAGGCCAGGGGCCAGGAAGGCGAUUCCCUCCCCGCCGAGGGCCAGCGGAAAGGCCCCACGCUCCGGCUGGAGAUCCAGGAGGACAGCCGAAGCCGGAAGCUGGACAUCCAGGCCCCGCUGAUGCCCGACGAAGCCUCCUACCCUUCCUAGGCGCCGGCCCUUCCGUGCCCCGGGGGCAGCGCCCGGCAGAGCAGGAGUCGGUAAUAAAACAGUUGUAAGACAUGGCGAUACGUCUGUGCGGGAGGCGGCUUUCCCUGGAAGGGGGGGGGCGAGAAGAAGGGCGGCUCUCCCCGCCCCGGAGGGUGUGCCUGGGAGUUGUAGUCCAGGCUUAGCCGGAGGGGAGUCCCGGGAAGAGGAGGAGCAUCCGUCCCGGAUGAGGGCUCCCAUCCUGCUGGGCUUAUCAUGUCUCAGGGAGUAGCGAGGGGGGUUCCUCGUCCCAUCAUCCAGCAACCCAACCGAGUUGAGUGCCUAAUCCCCGCCCCGUGGAUGGGUGUGUGUGUGUGUGUGUGUGUGUGUGUGUGUGUGGUGGGGUUGGGGGGGGAAAUGGAGGUGCUUUCCAGCCCCCCCCCCCAGGGCCAUAGAGGGAGGCGUAAGUUAUUGUAAUUGUGUUGGAAUAAAUGCAGCUUGUGCAU